AUAAAAGAAGAGGAGCAGUGGAGUUUACUUACUUGCACAGGUGCUGACGACGAUUUUGUGCGGCUAGGCCCAGGUGUAGAUCCAACAGUCUAACCGAGCGAGUUCAAAGUUCGAGUGGAGGGGGAGAGACAUACGUGUAUGUUUAUAUAUAUAGGUUGGUACUGGUCGAACUCGCGGCAUCAGCAGCGCCACGACCGCGAACGUGAACGCACUGGAAACACGGAUUUUGACGCGCGGGCGCGGAUCGACACUGCACCAGAUGAUGCUUGUUUUGUUUGGCGAGUAGAUAGAGAACGUUUGUGGCGCCAAUAAUUCGUUGGCUAAAGUAACAAUAGUUUUCUCGCGUUUUAUGGUCGGCUCGCGAUAAACAUGCCGGCCUUUCUUAAGCACAUCGAGGUGGACAAUUUCAAGUCCUACAAGGGUAGGCUAACUAUUGGACCUCUGAAAUCCUUCACCGCGGUAAUCGGUCCCAAUGGCUCCGGUAAAUCGAAUUUCAUGGACGCCAUCAGCUUUGUCAUGGGCGAGAAGACCAGCAGUCUUCGAGUCAAGCGGUUCAAUGAACUCAUUCAUGGAGCAUCGAUUGGACAGCCCGUUGCCCGCAGUGCAUCGGUGACAGCAGUCUUUGAAUUAGAAGAUGGCACGGAAAAGAGCUUUAUGCGCUCGGUUCAUGGCUCUUCUUCUGAGCAUCGUAUUAACGGGGGUGUUGUCACAAGUCAAGUUUAUUUGAACGAGCUAGAACAGUUGGGAAUCAAUGUCAAGGCAAAAAAUUUUUUGGUAUUCCAAGGUGCGGUUGAAUCCAUAGCUAUGAAGAACCCAAAGGAAAGGACUGCGCUUUUUGAAGAAAUCAGUAAUUCCGGGGCUUUAAAGGCUGAAUAUGAGCGUUUGAAAGCUGAAAUGUUGAGAGCUGAGGAAGAAACGCAGUUCUCUUAUCAAAAGAAGAAGGGUAUCGCAGCAGAGAGGAAAGAAGCCAAACUUGAGAAGGAAGAGGCAGAGAAAUACCAACGUUUGAAAGAAGAGUAUGUGGAAAAACAAGUGGAACUCCAACUUUUCCGUUUGUUCCACAAUGAAAAGGAAAUAGAAAAUCUCGAGGUGUCUUUGAAGAAAAAGCAGCAUGAUAUAGAAAAAAUUGAAAAGAAACGCGAAAAAGCUGAAGAUGUGCUUAAAGAGAAGAAAAAAGAGUCUGGAAAAUUAGGACGUGACUUGGCAAAGAUCGAGCAGGAUAUCAGAGAAGUUGAGGUUGAGAUUACAAAGAAGAGACCAGCAUUCAUUAAAGCCAAGGAACGUGUUGCUCACAUGCAAAAGAAAUGUGAAUCCGCUAAAAAAUCACUGGCACAGGCCCGUGUUGCUGAUGAGGCUCACAAAAAAGAUAUUAAUGAGCUAUUAGAGGAACUCCGUCAAGUUGAAGAAGCCAAAGCUACUUAUGAAGCCUCAAUUGCCGCACAAUCACAAUCGCAAGGUCGUGAUGUUCAGCUAGAGGAUGAACAAGUUCGAGAAUACAAUAGAUUAAAAGAAGAAGCUGGAAAGCAGUCUGCAAGAUACACUCAAAUGCUUGAUUCAAUUAACAGAGAGCAAAAAUCUGAUCAAGAUAGAUUGGACAAUGAAGGUCGCAAAAAGACUGACAUAGAGAACAAGAUUAAGCAGAAAGAACAUAUGCUUGAAGACGCUACAAAGCGUAUUGAAAAACUGGAGGAGCAUAUCCGCACGUCAGAAGCUGCCCUGGAAGAUCAGAAAAAGCUGCGGCAAGAUUUGCAAAGCGACGUCGGAACUUCGAAAGAUAGGAUUCAGGAAUUGCAGCGCGAAUUAGAAAAUAUUUCAGAGCAGUUGGGAGAUGCUAAAGUUGACAAGCAUGAAGUAUCUAGAACAAAGAAGAAGACAGAGAUCGUUGAAAACUUCAAAAGGCUCUUCCCUGGAGUGUAUGAUCGGAUGUACAACAUGUGCGAACCGAUUCAUAAAAGAUACAACGUCGCUAUUACGAAAGUGCUUGGAAAGUAUAUGGAAGCUAUUGUUGUUGAUACAGAAAAAACUGCUAGACAGUGUAUCCAAUAUCUGAAGGAACAGUAUCUUGAACCAGAGACAUUUUUACCAUUGGACUAUAUUCAAGCAAAGCCAUUAAAAGAGCGUCUUAGAAAUAUUCAAGAGCCAAAAAACGUGAAAUUGUUGUACGACGUGUUACGCUUUUCUCCUAAGGAUAUUGAUCGUGCAGUUUUAUUCGCAACAAAUAAUGCUUUGGUUUGCGAAACUCCCGAAGAUGCAAAUAAGGUGGCUUAUGAAAUGGAUAAAAAAGCAAGAUAUGAUUGUGUUGCUCUUGACGGAACAUUUUAUCAAAAAGCUGGUAUUAUUUCUGGAGGUAGUUUAGACUUGGCAAAGAAAGCUAAACGAUGGGACGAGAAGCAAAUGUCUCAAUUGAAAGCACAAAAGGAAAAAUUAACAGAAGAACUCAGAGAAGCGCUGAAAAAAUCUCGCAAAGAAUCUGAACUGAAUACCAUCGAAUCACAGAUUCGUGGAUUAGAAACCCGGCUAAAAUACAACAAGAGCGAUUUAGCUGCUACGAAAAAACAAAUCGCUGAAUUAAAAGCUGAAUUAGAGAAACUGCAGAGCGAACUCGACAAAUUUGGGCCAACGAUAUCGGCUAUAGAGAAAACUAUGGCAGAACGUGAUCAGGAAAUCCAAAACAUCAAAGAAAAGAUGAACAAUGUCGAAGAUGACGUAUUCGCUAGUUUCUGUGAAUCAAUCGGAAUUUCGAAUAUCCGUCAGUACGAAGAGCGAGAGCUUAGGUCACAAGAGGAAAGAGCUAAGAAAAGAAUGGAGUUCGAAAACCAGUGCAAUCGUAUACAAAAUCAGCUGGACUUUGAAAAGCAAAGGGACACAGAAAGUAACGUCUUGAGGUGGGAGCGUGCAGUUCAAGAUGCCGAGGAUAAAUUGGAGUCGGCCAAGCAGACUGAGAAAAAUCAAAAGGGUGAAAUCGAGAAUGAUGAGAAACAGAUGGAGCAGUUGAAAUCAACCAGAAGUGCAAAGAAGAUGGAAGUGGACCAAAAAGAUGAAGAGAUCGGUAAAUGUAGGCGUGAAGUCGGUGCUAUUGCCAAGGACGUUCAAGCAGCUAACAAGCAGCUCAACUCUAUUGAAAACAAAAUCGAGCAACGCAAAAGUGAACGGCACGCAAUUUUGAUGCACUGCAAAAUGGAGGACAUCGGCAUUCCAAUGCUUCACGGAAACAUGGAAGACAUCGCUGGUGAUAUGAGCUCCGUUGCCAGUGAGUCGAACAAUGAAAGUGUCAGCACGCAGAAACAAUAUGAAAGGGAGAGUCGCAUAACGAUAGACUAUUCGUCACUACCAGAAAACCUCAAAGAUGUUGACGAAGAUGACCUAAAGAAGCAGACAGACAAAUUAACGAAAGUGAUAAAUGAACUGCAGAAUACGAUUCAGCGCAUCCAGGCGCCCAACAUGAAGGCGAUUCAGAAGCUAUAUCUGGCCAAGGAGAAGCUCCAAGAGACGAAUGAGGAGUUUGAGCAGUUGCGCAAGAAAGCCAAGAAGGCGAAGACGCAAUUCGAGAAAGUAAAGAAGGAGAGAUAUGAUAGGUUUACGACCUGCUUCGAACACGUCUCUAACGAGAUCGACCCAAUUUACAAGAGUUUGGCUAAAAAUCAAUCUGCUCAAGCUUUUCUUGGUCCGGAAAAUCCUGAAGAACCCUAUCUGGAUGGUAUAAAUUACAAUUGCGUUGCACCCGGAAAAAGAUUCCAACCGAUGUCCAAUCUUUCCGGAGGUGAAAAGACUGUAGCAGCUCUUGCUCUGUUAUUUGCAAUUCACAGUUAUCAACCAGCACCGUUUUUCGUACUUGACGAAAUCGACGCUGCCUUGGAUAACACGAAUAUUGGGAAAGUUGCUAGUUACAUCAGAGACAAGACAAAUUCCUUACAAACUAUAGUCAUAUCAUUGAAAGAAGAAUUUUACUCCCAUGCAGAUGCACUUAUAGGAAUUUGCCCUGAUGUAGGAGAAUGCUUGGAAAGUAAAGUUUUGACAUUAGAUUUAACAACAUUCCCUACGCACGUUAGCUAAUCUGUAAAUAUUUACGUAAGAUCCUUUGAUAUUCUUUUCUACAUGUCGGACUUGAAAAGUUACAAUAUCGACAGUGCGAUUCAUAUGUAAGUAAAAUGCUGAUAAAAAUGGUUUUAGUAGUUAUGGCAAAACCUGAAAAAAAUUUAAGAAUAUCCAAAUAAGGACAAGAAUUAUUUAAAAAUUUGCUAAUUUAUUUUUACAUAAAUACGAUAAUGCGUUUACGCUGUGACUUACAUAGAAGUGCGCUCUCAUGAGUGGUCUUAACUUUCGAAGCCCUGAAACUUAAAUUACGUCUACGGCCCGUUUUGAUACCAAAUCACUUCAACUCAAUUUUUUUAAAACACUUCGAAGCGAAAAUAUAAAUCUCAAAGGUAAAUCAUGCAAAUAUUCUUGUAAACAUUUUUAAUCAAAAAAACGAAGAUUUAUCUGUUUGAAAAUGAUUAUGUAUGCUAUAAAAUUAUUUAUAAUUUAUAAUUUUCUCUGUAUUAGUGUAAAAAAAUUACGAUAGCGAUCUAUAUUGACAUUAUGCGAAACUGUAAGAAAUGCAGAUAGUUUGAAAAUUCACGAAAGAUGCACGUGAACUUACUUUUUUCAUAUUGUUAAAGAUACAAAUAAAAAA